UAAACCUAACUGUCUUGAAUCAGUUGAUUUUGAGUUUGGUUCUUCCCCCUUUUCGUUUUCCCAUGUCCCAUUAAUCUGGAUCCUUUUGUUUCUUCCGCAGUUUCUAUUGAAAUUAUGAAAUCCUGAUCAAGCGCGGUUUGAUUUGCAAGAACUCUAACACCAAAAAUCUUGUUAGUAAUCGGAAGAAAAUGAUCGUUUGGGGGUUCUGUUAGGGUUUUGUUUCGUAUCUUGAAUUCUUUCAAUUGUAGUUUCAGUAAGGUUUGAAUUAAUGGAGACUGCUCGUUCCGAUACGGGAUCUUUCGCGCAAACGGAAAUUAAUUGGGACAAGCUUGAUAAAACUAAGUUUUAUGUCGUAGGAGCUGGGAUAUUCACCGGGCUUACAGUUGGACUGUACCCUAUAUCCGUAGUAAAGACCAGGAUGCAGGUUGCUACAAGGGACUCGGUCGAUAAGAGUGCAUAUGCAGUUGUCCGUGGAUUGCUGAGAACUGAAGGCGUUCCGGGUCUAUACAGAGGUUUUGGCACGGUCAUCACAGKGGCAAUUCCGGCAAGGAUUAUAUUUCUCACUGCAUUAGAGACCACAAAGGUGGCUGCUUUCAAGAUGGUUGAACCAUUCAAACUUUCGGAGCCUACAAAGGCAGCGAUAGCUAAUGGAAUUGCAGGAAUGACGGCGUCCCUUUUUUCUCAGGGGGUCUUUGUUCCUAUUGACGUGAUUAGUCAAAGACUUAUGGUUCAAGGAUAUUCAGGCCAUGCAAGCUAUAAUGGUGGCCUGGAUGUUGCUCGUCAAGUUCUGAAGCAAGAUGGUAUCCGAGGGCUAUAUAGAGGAUUCGGUCUAUCCGUCAUGACCUAUUCUCCUUCGAGUGCCGUCUGGUGGGCAAGCUAUGGUUCCAGUCAACGCGUUAUAUGGAGUUUGUUAGGUCAUGGAACUGAUGGCAACGGAUCUCUUCCGAGCCAAGGGACGAUAGUUUUAGUUCAGGGUGCCGGAGGAAUUUUUGCGGGUGCCGCAGCGUCCUGCAUCACGACUCCACUGGACACUAUAAAGACUCGACUACAGGUAAUGGGACACGAAAAACGACCCUCUACACGCCAAGUUAUCAAAACGUUGAUCGCAGAUGAUGGCUGGAAAGGCUUCUAUAGAGGGAUUGGUCCGAGGUUCUUUAGCAUGUCAGCAUGGGGAACAUCCAUGAUACUCGCAUACGAAUAUUUGAAGCGGAUAUGCGCUCAAGAUUUGUAGAUUACUCCACCGACUACCUGCUUCUUCCAUCCCGGAUUUUGGUCAGAUGAUGAUACCGGAUACUUUUGUGAUUUUUACUAGUUCAAGAUGCAUGUAUACAGAAAUAGUGUCGAAUGACACAAGGCAAGGCUCUCUUGGUUUACAUGACGAGUAGAACUAGAUUGCAUAAACAAAAAACAAAAUGUAUGAUUCAUACAUAAUUCUUUUAACCAUUUUUUACUUGCUAGAAUCGAUUCGAUUCAAUGUUAUAUUUUGUAAUCUUUUUUUAUAGAACAGAAAUGACAAGGAGACAUUGUUUCAUGCUUUC